AUGGACUUCAACCUGUUUGGAGGAACUGGUGACUCAGGGACGCCUACCAGUACGGAAUCAGCACUUUAUCCAACCCUGACUACCACCUCGGAUUUUUCGGCCACAGGAACUCCCUCGUUCACUUCGUCUUCCGCCACCGAUGCCGCUUCCAAAACCAGUCUGGGGUUAUCGGCAACAUCGUCUUUGGUCGCUAGCUCGCUGAGGCGGCCGCAACCUUCGUCUAGCACCGCCUAUUCAGCAUCCAUUUUUCUGUCAUCGAGCACGUUUUCGCUGACUGUGAAAUCUUCCACUAGCUCGUCUUCGUUUAGCACCACCACCAGCUCCACCAGCUCCGAAACCAGCUCCAGCACCAGCUCCAGUACUAGCAUCAGAAGCUCCACCUCGAGCUCAUUCACUUCUUCGUCAAUUCUGUCGUCACUGGUUUCGUCAUCAUCAUCAUCAUCAUCAUCGAAGUCAUCGUCAUCUUCUCUGUCGGUGACUUCUUCGUCUUUCACCACUUUGUCGUCGUCUGCCCUGCGGUCUCUGAGGUCCCGCUCACACGCAUCGCUGACUUCUAUGGCCGAAUCUUCGGACGAAACCACCACAUCCUCACUGACUUCCUCAACCACUUCUUCCCGUUCGUCGGCCUCCAUAACCUCGUCGUUUUCCGCUCAUUCCACCACUUACACCCUGGGCGACAAGACCAUCACCUCGUUCGUGACUGCUGAGCCCACGGCGUCGGCGUCGUCCUCUGGAGACUCCGGCAAACUGUCGUCUUCACCUAAAAUUAUCGGCGGAGUUGUGGGGUCUGUCGGCGGAAUAAUUGUUCUCAGUGCCUUGGCGGUGCUCUUCGUGUACCUCCGGCGCCGCAACCGCAAAAACAUCAACCCGUCGCCGGACUUUUCAGAAAACAAUUCCGGAGACCUGAACCCAUUUUCCGAGAAAUUCGGGUUGAAAAUGCCGUUUUCGUCGUCAAAGCGCUCUUCGGGCGGCGGAGCUUUAGCUGGCAUGGACGACAUAGAACGCCAGGUGGACCAGCGAGCAAACAGCACCGCACAAAAUACUGUGGGCGAAGAAUCUGGAGACUUUGCUUACCGAGGAGUCACUAAUAGUAACAAUUUGGACUCGGUUUUCCGACCCACCGCCACAAAUUCCAGCGGUACCAACACCGCCGCAGCAGCAUCUCGAUUCAAUUCGAUUUCUAGACCUUUGGGAACCACAUACGAGGACCAGGACGGAUUUGAGUUUUCGCAGCCAGAACAAGAUCCGGGGUUUGAGCCGCGACUUGGCUCUGGAGCAGGUCAAAAUGAAGCACCAACAAACCAAGCACCGCCGUAUCCCACCGGCCAUUCCCGAGGUCCAUCGGAAGACUUUGCGCACUUUAAUCCGGCCGAUUACCAUCUCGGCGAAGACAAUAAUGAUUCCACCGCCAAUUCGCGGUUCAAGGAAGACAUCUAG